AUGGUGACUACUCGCUGUAAACUAGCCACGUUGCUGGCAAAAGCUGUAGAGGAGGAACAAGACGAAGAUCACCCAAGCUCGUGCUUUAAAGACGUUGCGGCAUACAUGCAGUCAUUAUCUGCUUCCGCUGUGGACGUCGAAUUGAGUACAUUGUGCAUGGGAGACUUUGAUGACGAUGGGAAAAAGUUGUUGGGUUGGUUUCUAGAUUUCCUGCGUAAGGAGAUGAGUGGACGUCAGAACUUUCAGGUGCUACAGGCUUAUCUGAACCGGUUCCUGAAGCUGCACGAGGAUCUUCUGGUCGCGGAUCCAGCACUACUGGCUCAGGCUGAUGCUUUAGGAACUAUCCAACAACAACAGUGGCAACACUUGCAAAAGUUACUGCACAAUAAUUUGUGUCUGGUGCAAUAUCUCAGUAAGAUCCAGAUGUAA